CAUUUCGUGGCGCUGGUGAAGGCGGCGGCCGCCAUAUUGGGAGCGUUGGGGCGGCUGGAGGCCGCUGCUGGCGCGGAGAGGAAGCGGAGCGGGCAGCGGCGGGCGAGGUCGGCGGCGCCAUGAGCGGGGGCACGCCAUACAUCGGCAGCAAGAUCAGCCUCAUCUCCAAGGCCGAGAUCCGCUACGAGGGCAUCCUCUACACCAUCGACACCGAGAACUCUACCGUGGCCCUCGCCAAGGUUUGUUCAUUUGGAACUGAAGACAGACCAACUGAUCGGCCUAUACCACCUCGUGAUGAAGUAUUUGAAUACAUUAUAUUCCGUGGAAGUGAUAUUAAGGAUUUAACUGUUUGUGAACCUCCUAAACCACAGUGUUCUCUUCCCCAAGAUCCAGCAAUUGUUCAGUCUUCUCUAGGAUCAUCUUCUACUUCUUCAUUCCAGUCUGUGGGAUCUUAUGGUCCUUUCGGCAGAAUGCCAGCCUACAGUCAAUUUAGUCCAAGCCCCUUAGUGAGUCAGCAGUUCGGGGCUGUUGGUGUUGGAAAUUCAUUAACAUCGUUUGGAACAGAAACUUCAGCGAGUACAAGCUUGUCCCAAAACAGUGCAGUUGGUUCCACUUUUACCACAGAUUCAAGAUCACUAAAAACACAGCUCUCUCAAGCUCGGUCCACCCCGCCUCCCUUAGAUCACUUGAGAAAGAGUCCAACUCUGGAACAAGCAGUGCAAACUGCCCAUUUACCUGCCUCAGUCCCAGUUGGGAGAAGCUCUAUUUCAAACCGACCACUUGGGUCGAUCAACCAAAAGACAUCAGAUCACCAGGAUCACAGGAGAGUUGAAACACAGAAGGUAACAAGAUGCGAAGCAGAACAUCUAAGAAAUGAAAACAAGCGACAAAUAGUUCCAGGUGCACCUUCACGGAGGAGCCGGGGAGGUCAUCGGGGAGGCAGAGGAAGGUUUGGUAUUAGGCGGGAUGUUCCCAUGAAGUUUGAGAAGGAUUUUGACUUUGAAAGUGCAAAUGCACAGUUUAAUAAAGAUGAAAUAGAUCGUGAAUUUCAUAAUAAGCUAAAACUAAAAGAGGAUAAGCCUGAAAAACCUGUGAAUGGGGAAGAUAAAGGCGAUUCAGGUGUUGACACACAAAACAGUGAAGGAAAUGCAGAUGAUGAGGACCCACUUGGCCCCAAUUGCUACUAUGACAAAACCAAGUCUUUCUUUGAUAACAUUUCCUGUGAUGACAACAGAAACCGAAGACCAAACUGGGCAGAGGAAAGAAGACUGAAUGCAGAGACAUUUGGCCUUCCACUGCGUCCAAACCGUGGUCGGGGGGGAUUCAGAGGCAGAGGGGGAAGUGGAGGAGCUGGUGGCUUCCGGGCAGGUAGAGGACGUGGAAACGCAAGAGGACCUUUCAAUGCUCCUCGGGGUUUUCGUGGUGGAUUUAGAGGUGGCCGUGGUGGCAGGGAGUUCGCGGAUUUUGAAUAUAGGAAAGACAACAAAGUUGCAGCAUAAUCUACAAAGAAUUUGAAAGCAGGUGGACUUGCUGAUCUUCAUGGUACCAAGAAUGUGUUGGUUUUCGCAAAGAAUUAUGUUCAUUUGCUGUUAAAACUUCACCAGCACUAGCGUUCAUUUUUAAUUUCAAAGGAGCAGUAACUUUUUUGAAAAUAUGGCCAUCUUCAAAAACAAGAAUAUUAAAUAUAUUUGAGAUAGAAAACUUAAAUAAUUUCUUACAAAUAGUUAAAAGUAUAAAGCAGUACUUCAGUGGAGUUUUAGUAUUUUUUUUCAUUACAGAAAGGGUUUUUCUGAAUUAAAAUUGUAUUUUAUAAUUGCUGCAGGCUAAAAAGACAAUUGUAUGCAGAAGGCCGUCAGUACUGUGAGUGUGUUGAUCCAGUGAAGGUUGUAUUUGAAAUCCUAUAAUCUCUUCAGAUAGUUGUAAUUUUUGUCAAAUAGGAUGCUGGGCAGUAAAAAAAUUGGUUUGUCAGUAAAGAAAGUAUAAACAUGGAAAAUGCUGUUUCUUAGGCAAAGGAAGCUUUUUAUAGUUGUAUAAUUCCAUGAUUAUCCCAUUGCCAAAGAAACACUAGGGAUUUUGUAUAGCUGUAUAAAAAGCAACUAAUUUUUUAAGAAUAAACAUUUUUAAGUCUACAAAACUGCCGUGUUGAAAUGCUACACACGUUUGGAGGGUUUCUUUCUAGCUUUUCAGCUUUAAAUUUGUUUGUUUUUAUAUUUUGACUACCAAUAAAUAUUUGAAAUGUUCUUCCAUUAUUCAGAAGGAUUAAAAUAUUUCUCUUGCAAGAAAUCCA